UGAAAUAAUGUAUGCACAUGCAGAAGCAAUUUUACAAAUUUUCUUGGAAGAAAUCACAUGAUUCCAAUCUUCUAACUGUUAGCAUUCAGCACAAUCACAUUGAUGAGGAUCUCUCUCUGUGGUAAGCAUGACUAAAUGAGACUUAGUUAGAACAGGUAUCAUGCAUGACAUGAGAAUAAAUCAUAUGUAUAAAUAAAUCCAAACCCUGAGAAAUAUUCUGAACAGCAAGAAAUCAAAGAUGAAGUUUUGUAGUUACAUGAGAGCAGUGACAUUGGUGAUGAUGAUGGUAGGUUUAGUGGCACAAGUUGAAAGCAGUUCAUGCACAAGCACAUUCUUCUCUUCUCUUGUGCAGCUGAUUCCUUGUAGGGCAGCAGUUGCUCCUUUUAGCUCCAUUCCACCAAGUGGUGCAUGUUGCAAUGCCCUUAGGGCACUAGGCCAACCUUGUUUGUGUGUCCUUGUCAAUGGCCCUCCAAUUUCUGGGGUAGACCGUAACAUGGCCUCACAGCUCCCAAACAAGUGCACCACAAACUUUCAACCAUGUGAAAGCAUGUGAUAAAAUCAAGUUCAAUGUUAGAAUGGAAUGUUAUUAGAAAUAAGGGUUUUUAUUUUUAGAAGAAAUUUAUGAGUGCUUUCUUAUAAUAAUGUUCUAUGAGAUUAAUA